CAAACUUUUUAGAGAAGACAAGGAAUGCAAGAAGUUGGGCUCGUCCUGUUGGUUCUCCUUCUCGUAUUAAGGACAGGAAGUAGUCAAACUAUAUAUCCGACGGGAGGCUUAAAGACCAGCAAAACUAGGGUCCAGACCAAUCGCUCUCGAACAUUCUUUUCUAUAGUCAAGACAGGCAAUGCCUCUUCUCUGGAAACUGCCACAAUAAAUUCCUCUUCAGUGACCUCAUCGUUAGAAAAUGUAAAGUCUGGAGCUAGCACAGCGACUCUUUCUCCAGAGAAGGUAAGCACCAGAAACACUUCUUCAGUUGACACUUUUUCUGCAAUCCAAUCAAAUGAAAUUAUUCCUAGAAAAACUGAACCAGGGACUCCAGUAUCAAGAACCCCAGCACUGGGGAAUUCAGCGUCAGGGACCCCAGCGUCUUUAGUCUCCGGCUUAGGAGGUCAGCCAUCGAGUUCCUCGUCUUUCGUAGCCUCGUCCUCGGGAUCCACAAGCCACUCGUUUACAGGAACUGCUCCUAAUGAAGCAAAGGCAAACGAUAUCCCGUUGAGUUCUUCUUUCAGAUACAACUCCUAUGUGACUAAUGAAGCCACACCUUCGUCCUUCGCCAAAGCAGACUCGCAAAACUUCAGUGAAUCUCCAUUCUUGACUUUGCACAACUCGACAAUUCUUGGCGAUAGUGCCAGCUCCACCCCUGCUUCCGGUGUUGCUCAGGAGCUUCAGAGCUUUUUUACUUUGUUGGGAAUAGUAUUGGGCAACUCCAGCAGAUCCAUGACAGCCGAAUUUCUGCCCUCGCUGAUGAAAAGCGGCAUUUUGCUUCAGAACACUCUGCAGAAGCUCAGUCUCGUGACUCAAGACCUACAACCGUGGCCACGGUGUGCGGCGGACCUUGCAGCCUUACACACGGGACUUCAAAAAGGGGAACCUUGGGCCUUAAAAAUGAUAGACGCCAUGGGAAAACCACAGGCUGGCAUUCUGCUAGGGGAGAAAACUCUUGUGGGACAGUAUGAUGAAUGUCGGGGGAUUUCCCAAAAGGUGAAUGAUGGUGUGAUCGAGGGGCUGUUUUGUACUCUUCAAGUGAAGAUGGACUUUUCCGGUCGAGGUGGUCAGCUGGCUGCUGUGACCCAAGUCCUCAGCACUGUCUAUGUUGACAUCUGUCUUCCAGCUUCGUGUAGAGACGAAGCGGACAUGCUGGCAGGAGAAAUAGCUGACACCUUGGGACAAAGAGUGGAAAAGACGGCUUGCGUUACCUCCAAGGAUCCUACUGGUGACAAACUAUUUUGGGCCACCAUCGGGAUCAUCGCCUUUCUUACCCUCCUUGGAGCGUGGGGCACAGUCUACGGCAUUUACCUCAAGAGGAGCGAGAAAAGAGAGAAGAUAAACAGCAGGUUAAGAACGCCACACUUUAACAGUGAUAUCAAUAUGGCUUUCAAUGAUGAAACUCCUGCCAAUGAAAAAACCCCUCUGCAGGAAGUGAUGGUUGAAGACAAUAAUCUCUCACCGACGGUAACUUCCAGCGGACUAAAGAGCUAUGUCAGAUCCAGAGAUUAGGUGCGAACAAUGAAACCAACCAAGGACCGAGUUGGAGAGGCACUGAUUGAUGAGUGAUCAAGGCUCACCCUG